AUGGGAAACACACAGGCACAGUCGUCACAGCAGCAGCAGCACCCGGGGCCACUAGAGUCGAAACCACCCCCGGUGAUACGGCCCACGAAAACACCGACCCUCGCCAAAGGACGAAGCUUUAUCAAGUUUGGCAAACGGAAGCAACUGCUUGUGGAGCAUGAGGCGGCGGCGGCGGUCUCAGCCGGGCUGGCUGAGGAUGGCACCAAAUCUGACCUUGGCACCACUUCCGUCGGUGGCGGCGGUGGUGCGCCGGACAGCGCCGAGGACGGCUUUUCGAACAUACUCGUCGGGAUGUUGCACUCGGGCAGUGAGCUUUCAAAAUCAGCUGAUUCAACCGAGCGCCAGCGCACCGCACCGCCACCGAACGUAAUAUACUUGCGCGAGCGUACCGCGUCGUCCAGCUCCGAUUCGAUCUUCACCGACGCAGCAUCACCGCAGGGAGGAGCCGGUGCCGGCGGAUUCACAACUGAGAUCAACGAAGCGUAUUACUCCGAGGAAAACAUCUGUGAUCUCGCCGAGGGGGAAGAAAAGCCGCGGGCCGGUGACCGCACCGUUCGGCUGACGAUCUACCGGAAUGAUCCGUUCACCCUCGACGGGGGCUGCCGGUACGUGGACAGCGUGAGAGCCAAGCUACGGUGCGAGAAUGUAUCGAGCAUUGAUCUACCGCCCACGGACGCCACACUAUUCACGGCCCAGGACACAAAACCACCACAGCACAACCUGCAAAUCGAGCACAACGUAAGCAGUGUCUGUAUCGUGGCGGACGGUGACACCUCGAGCAUCGCCGAAGACGUGGAUGAGUGCGCGGAGGACGAGAUGGACCGUAAACGGAUCCCGCUGUCCCAUCGGCGGACGGGAAGCAAUGUUGUGGUCGACACGAACGGCACGGCCACGGCCGCCGCCGCCGCCACGAAAGGGACGACAACGCGUGGCACGGAAAAUGGGAAACCAUCGAGGUUACUGACCAAAUCGAGCCUGUACGCCGGCACCAAGCUGCCCGUGCUGACCGAUCGCAAGCUGGCGGCGGCCAGCAGCCACGCCAGCGCGACGGCCACAACGGUCAGCAGCAAAGUCCUGCGCCCGUCCUACGUGCCGGAGAAGCUAAACUUUUUUUCGUACGAAAAGUUUGAAGGGCACAUGCUUAUCAACUGGCUCUCCUCAUCGCUCAGCUCGGGCAUCACCGGCAUCAAUGAGCAGGAUCUGCAAGCGCUGCUGUUCCAGUACUGCACAAAUCUGCUCGUAGCGGGAGUAAUGAAACAGAUUCCGGACAAACAUGCCCCUCCGCAAGACACAUUUCGGACGAAUCUCAUGUACCAAUGGACGCACACGGAACCACCGACACCGGCCCCGGUAACGCCCGGGCGUCUUGAGCCGCACAUCGUGUGGCCCCACGCAUCGACCCCGAAACCCGUCUCGCAUCAGUCAACCAGCACCACCACCACUACGGCGACUGAGUCUGGCAUGGAAACGGAUCACCCGGUCGCCGAUCCGGCCAACGGUCCGACCGAUUUCGGUAGCCUGCGAAGUCGCAUCUCGGGCUGCAAAACGAUCGGGCAGUUGCAAAAGAUUCUGCACGAACUGCUGAACGAUCCGAUCUUCAGGCCGACCGAUCGCCCGGCCACGGUGCCUCCGGAUGUGCUGAACGAAACGGACUGCACCAUCUUCGAAGCGUUCGCGAGUGGGUUGCUGAACGAGACGGAUUGUACGCUGUUUGAGGCACCCGCCAGCCGGGCCGGUGACUGUCCACCGGAUGCGAAGGUGCCGCGAAACGAUGGAGCGAGUUGCGUCCAGCAGCACGUCCCGUGCGCGGCCGUCCCGCCGCCGCCACACACCACGAUCGACGUCUCGAUCGGUGCUAGUGAUAUUCACAACCAAACAUUCCCUGCCAACAGUAUUAACGACCGAGAGCCGUCCGGCGUGCCUCCCGGUCCCCGGCCCGACCCGACGGUGUGCUCGAGCUGCGCCAAACUCAUACGCUCAAUCGAUGAACGCAUUCCGACUGCCGUGGACACCACUACCGAUCGUGCCGCUCCGAUCGACCGGUUUGUGACACGAGAAACGCAAACCGAGUCAAAGAGUGACGAUGGCCUCGCACAAAGUGUCCCGCCACCACCACCGCCACCACCAUCACCGCCUCCGCCACCGCCGCUUCCAACAUCCGGUGCAGUACCUCCUUCUCCUCCACCUUUGCCUCCCCCAUUGCCACCUCCCAUGCCCGGGACACUGGGUUCUGCAAUGCCUACACCGCCACCAAUGCCGUCGACGGGUGCUCCGCCACCACCACCGCCGCCGCCCCUACCGAUGGGUGGGUCGAUUCCCGUUCCGGGGCCACCGCCACCGCCGCCACCGAUCGGUGGGCUGCCGCACUCGGCGGCCGGCGGUCCAGCCUCGCUCGGACCAGGUAAAUUAGCGUCAAGUGCCCCAACCGCGAUCCCCAGUGGCCCUCCACCACUGCCACUACCCAUACCAGUGCCCGGAGGAUGGUAUGCGGCCAAUAUCUUACGCAAACAACCGGUCAAUCCGCCGAAACCGAUGAAGCCGCUCUACUGGACGCGCAUUCUGGCACCGAAGGGUGCCGGGUCCAGCAAGCCAGCGACGCCACCGCCGCCGGCAGCAAAUCCUGCGGUCGCCCCGGUAACCGCGGACGAAGCCGACGGUCCGGCAUCCGGUGCAUCGGGUGAAGAAGUGACGGAACCGGAAUCGAAAGCGACGGAGGAACCUCCACCGGCGGCGAAACCGGAAAAACGUGAAGGUUUGUGGCAGGUGCUGGAGGAAACCAGUCUCGAUAAUCUGGACGAGUUUACGGAGCUGUUCUCGCGCCAGGUGAUAGUGCCGAAGCUGCGCGAGAAAGUCGAGAAGCCGGAAAAAACGGUCAACAUCCUGGACAGCAAGCGAUCGCAGAACGUGGGCAUCUUUGCGAAGAGCCUGCACGUCGAGUGGGACGAGAUCGAGUGCGCCAUCUACCACUGCGACACGUCGGUUGUCAGCCUGGAGGCGAUGCAGAAAAUCCUCGAGAUCAAGGCGAGCGACGAGGAGCUGAUGCAGAUCCGCGAGUACGCCGAGACCAGCCUGGCGAACAACAACAACGCGAUCCCGCUCGACCAACCGGAACAGUUCCUGCUGCGCAUCUCCGGCAUAUCGUUUUUCUCGGAGCGCAUCUCGUGCAUCGUGUUCCAGGCGGAGUUCGAGGAAUACUACAAGUGCGUGUCGCGCAAGCUCAAAACGGUCAAGCAGACGUGCGAGUUUCUGCUCGACAGCGCCGAGCUGCGGCACCUCUUUUCGAUCAUCCUGACGCUCGGUAACUUCAUGAACGGCGGUAACCGGACGCGUGGCCAAGCGGACGGAUUUGGGCUGGAGAUCCUGAGCAAGCUGAAAGACGUAAAGUCGGCCGACACCAACACCACGCUGUUGCACUUCAUCAUCCGGACGUACAUUGGCCAGUGCCGCAAGAGUGGCACCAUACUGCAGGACAUAAAGAUGCCCAUCCCGGAUCCGGGCGAUCUGGACAAGGCGGCACUGGUCGAUUACGACGACUGCCAGUCGCAGCUCACGAUGCUACGUUCCAAAACGGAAGAGUGCCGUCGGACGGCCGACCGAGUGAUACAGGAAUCGACCGAAGACCAUCUGCACCCGUUCAAGGAGAUCAUGGAAGAGUUUAUCGAAAAGGCGACGGCGCGUAUUGAGAAGCAGUUCUGCAAGCUGGACGAGUGUCGCGAGUGCUUCGUGCGGACGAUGCGCUUCUACCACUUUACGCCCAAGACGGGCACGCUGGAGGAGAGCAAACCGGAAACGUUCUUCGAGCUGUGGGUACCGUUCGCACAAGACUUUCGCACCAUCUACAAAAAGGAAAUGCAACACCUUCUCAACGAACUACUGAAAAAGACUAAACGGCCUUCGAGCACGGCUUCCUCGGCGGCGACGAAGCAGGUGAGCGGGAAGGCAAAGGCCGGCUCGCUGAAGGAACGGAUGAAACGACUUAUGCAAAACUAAACACCGUAAAACACCAACCAACACACUGCACCGACCGGUAUCGGCCCUCCUGGGCGACGGGAUAUUCGAUCGAUCGAAAGCAGCUUUAUUUAUUGAUCGUAUAUCGCUUCGUAUUCGUAAGACAAUAGCACUAAAAACAGAAAAGGUACA